GCCGCUUCCGGCCAAUGAAUGGCGGCUGUUGGUAGUUCGGUGUGUCGCUCCUUGGAGGCACGAUGGACGAGGACUUUUUGCUGGCCCUGCAGCUGCAGGAGGAAUGGGGAGCGGAGGACGAGGAGGUGCGGGUUCAGACGCUCUCCUCUGAUCCUCCGCGGCCGCUCUCACUGAUGGACGAUGCCUGGGAGUUGAUGGACCCCAACCCGGACGUUCGAGGCCUCUUUCUGCAGUUCAACGAGACCCUCUUUUGGGGGCGCCUGGCGGCGGUAGAAGUAAAAUGGAGCCCGCGCAUGACCCUGUGUGCUGGAGUUUGCUGCUAUGAAGGUCAUGGAGGAAUGUGUUCCAUUCGACUAAGUGAACCACUUUUAAAAUUACGGCCAAGGAAGGACCUCGUGGAGACUCUUCUGCAUGAAAUGAUUCAUGCCCUGUUGUUUGUUACUAAUAAUGACAAGGAUCGCGAGUCUCAUGGUCCAGAGUUCUGCAAACAUAUGCACCGGAUAAAUCGCUUAACAGGAGCAAAUAUUACGAUCUAUCAUGAAUUUCAUGAUGAGGUGGAUUUCUAUCGUCAGCACUGGUGGCGUUGUAAUGGGUCAUGUCGAAAUAGGAAACCUUAUUAUGGCUACGUAAAGCGUGUAAUGAAUAGGGCGCCAUCUGCCAAUGACUAUUGGUGGGCAGAGCACCAAAGGAGCUGUGGGGGAACAUUUACCAAGGUCAGAGAGCCCGACAACAGCUCCAAGAAAGGCAAGAAGAAAGAUGAUCAAGCAAAAAUCCUUGACGAUGGUCCACGAAAAGCUCAUGGAAGCAGCAUACAGACCAUAAUACCUUUUAGUGGGAAAGGAUAUAUUCUUGGAGGAAAAAGAAGUGAAUCAUCAUUAGAGGGAGCUGUAAGUCCAAGCAUUAAGAGCAGAGAAUUGCUCCAGUCACAAUAUCAUUCACCUGCUGAUUCAUCUAGGUCAAAUCCUAAAAAUGAAAUCAAAUUUGAGAAAAAUGUUUCCUGCGCAACCGUCUCCUCUCCAUUUUCUCCAAGCGGUCCUGAAAAUAGCUCUGCUUCUAGUACCACAUUUCCUAGAUUUUCAGUUGCUAACCGUAAGGUUUAUACUAAUGUUAAUGGCUCACCAGUUAAAAAUACUUCUUUGGGGGGGCAAAGGUCAGAAUCAAGUUCUACAAAGGCUCUAAGAGAUAUACCUCACAAAAGGGCUCCAGAAAACACAAUUUCUAUAUCAGCUACAAUGACUCCAAAAUCCCAGUCACCAUCUCAGAGAAACAGCAACACCCAGAAUGGUGGCCCAGCAAAACGAGCCCGAAUGGAAGAUUCAGUUAUGUUUGUCAACUAUUUUUUAAAGAAAGGAGAACUCAAGGAGGCUAGUUCUUCUAUGAACAAUACAGCUAAAUCAGCAAACUCAGAAACAUCAAUUAGUAACCAAAAUAGAAACGUAUAUUGCCCCGUCUGUCAAUCUGAAGUUUUGGAAACCAAAAUCAAUGAACACUUAGACCUCUGCCUCUGAAAUCUUCUAAUGUGGUUUUCAUCUAAAACUGCUUUGCUCAAGAUUUCUGUAUUUGUAUGUAUUUAUGCACUUUCUGUCUUUUACGUAGAAAAGUUUAUAUUUGAUUUUGUUUUGUGCAUGAAACUCAAAUGUGCAUUGAAUUUGUGUAAAACGGGUCCCCAAUCUGCAGUUCGCGGCCCACUACCUGGCCAUGGGCUAAUCACCACUGGGCCACGUUAGGGGCCAGCCGGUGCACCUGUAUACAGCUGCACUACAUGAGCCUCCUAUGAGCCCCAGUUGCACAAACCUCAGCGCUUGCAGCCUGUCACGCGAGUGUCAACGUGGGUGCUUGUGGCCCCACUUGCAUGAGCAUUGUGAUGGGCAUGUGUUGAUUUAGAAAAACAUCUACCUGAUCAAAAAUUGCAAAAGACAAGUUAUAAUCAGUCUUAACCACUUGCUUGAGCCUUGCCACAAACAUCACAGGCGCUAUGCACACACAUGUGCAUACUCUUGCCCUUCCACAAAAUCAUCCCCUUUCCCCACUCUGGGCCACCAACCUGGAAAGGUUGGGGAAUUCUGGUGUGAGAGACAUGGGAUUGUUUUCCCCUGAAUUUGAAAGCUGAUAUCAUAUUGUAAAGAAUACUGGCUACUUUUCUGUUUCACCUAAAGAAAUGGCUCACCAAGUAUUUGCUUUAAAAUUAUCAUGUCUGCUUUUUAUCACCCAAUUUAUAGAUUUUGGCUGGAUUUCCAAAGCUUUUUUCUGUUGAGUUCAGAAGGGUUAGACUGAUUUUUGAUCAGGUAGAUGUUUUUCUAAAUCAUAAACACGUAGGGAACACUACCAUUUCAUUUAUAAAGUGCCUAUUAAAGUGAUGUAUGCCUACUAUUUAUUAAUAACUUUUGAAACCUAUUUCCUCUGAGAUGGAAAUAUAUUCUUGCACAUGAGAGUUGUCAGCCAUUUGUACAAUUAAAAAUAAAUAGCUUUUCUGAAAUCAUAUAUGAACAGAACUCUCUUCAAAAAUAAAUCAUGAAUUUCAUAA